AUGCCUCCGAAGGGCCAGCGUAAGUUGAUGCCUGCACGCAUUGACAAGACAACAUUGGCACCUUCUAGGCGAUCCCCACGGGUCCCCUCAAAAAGUUCAAAUGAGAGCUUGCAGCCCACCAAAACUUCCAACCUUUCAUCUCCCUCCUCCUCUGACAGUUCUAUCAACAUUUGUUUCUACACCCCAAAACUUUCUACUUCUGUUACUCCAACUCCUCCUUCGCCUACCUCAACUUCUAAUUCACGUGUUAAUUCUCCGGAAACACCGUCUUCGCGUCGACGAACCUUCCAGUCUCGUCCAUCUCGCCUUUCCACAGUUCACAUCAGCCAAUCGCCUUCCACCAGCGCCACCGAAAUGCGGCAGUCAACCCGUAUCCGUGAUGGGAGCAUGAAGGCCAUUGAAGCUCGCAGAGAGAAUCAAGCGGGACGCACCGUCGCUGACCCUGUGGCCAAGAAGGCUGUGAAGAGUGGCAAGGUUGCCAAAGAUGGAGUUUCUAAGAAACUUCCCAAGAAGACUGGAAGCUCGAAAAGAGUCUCCAACCUCACCACUCAGAAGGCAAUGCUGAUCGGUCAUGGGAUCGAUGUGAAGGCCGCCGGUCUGAGGCUAUAUCGAAUGGCCGCGGAUGCCCCCCACUUCCCCAUCCAAUUACAUUUCCCUGGGUUCUGGGAGAGUGUGCGGAGAGACUUCUUCUCUCGACAAAAUGAGGAAAACGCCGGUGCGGAUGCGCUCGCCGGAAAUGACAUGGCAGUCGAUGAUGUCGCCGACGAUGUCGCCGACGACACCAGCAUGGUCGAGCAAGAACCUUCAACUACUACCUUUUCCUCUUCUUCUAUGCCUCUCCCAGACCCCUUCGUUUCCUCUUCUUCUUCUCGCGACGUUACCAAAUCUGGGGCGUCAUCUUUCGUGCUGUCCCCUCCCCCUAUUCUACCAACCCCAUCCGGCCCCCACACCUUCCGUCCAACCACCUACCCCUCACUGAAGACGAUAUUCUACAAAGAGUCCGAGCCAAAGAUGCUCGGCGAUGGCUGGGUCGACACAGGGUAUGUCAACUGCGACGACGAGGAGGUGAUCCUCGCCCCUGAGCAAUACCACCCUUAUUACCCACCCCACACCUACGGCAGCGAGAACCUUCCCUUCCCCCCCGUGUACGCCCGAAGCAACCAGCAGGCCGAGGCUGCCCAUACCUACAGGUUUCCCCCGCUCAUGGGAGACUGUAAUGUCCCAACCGGUCGAGCCCCGUUCGUCAUUGAGGACGUGGCAAAGGAGAAGGCCCGAAUGCGUUCACAUGCCCCUUCAAAAAUUACCAAGAAGACCCGUUCCCGAAAGACCCGUCCGACCACCGUCACAUCUCCCGCCAAGAAUGCUGCCGUCGCCGCUGCCACUGUUGCUGCUGCCACGGGUGCCGCUCCCGAGCCUGCUGCUGCUGCUGCUGCUGCCACUGCCCCUGAGGCUGGUGGACGCAAGUCACAGCGCCGUAAGGCCGCUUCCCUCAAACUCUCUCUUACCGGUCCUUCCGCCCCUCCUACCACCGAGACUCAGGCCAAGUCUUCUGCUUCCGCUGCCGACGUCCCUCCCGCUGCUGCCACCAAGCCCAAGGAGGCCAAGGUGCAGCGGCGGUUGAAGCUGAUUCUCAAGCCAGAAGGCCAGGCUAAGGACUCCAAGGUCUCGAAGGACUCCAAGGUUUCGAAGGACUCCAAGGUUUCGAAGGACUCCAAGGUUUCGAAGGACUCCAAGGUCUUCAAGGACUCAAAGGUCUCCAAGGCCUCCAAGGUCUCGAAGGACUCCAAGGCCUCGAAGGACUCCAAGGUUUCGAAGGACUCCAAGGUCUCCAAGGACUCAAAGGUCUCCAAGGCCUCGAAGGCCACGAAGACCUCCAAGACCUCGAAGGCCUCCAAACAUUAG